AAAUGCAGAAAAACGUGUGCGCCUACAUCUACAUAUAUACUUAUAUAUACACAGAAAUGAAGCGAUAAAGCAGUAGUGCCGUGGCUGAGAUUUAUCAGAGUUUCUCAACUUGCAAUGGCCAUCCCUCUCCUCCUCCUCCUCCUCUUCCUUAUCUUUUCAGAUUCAUUGACGAAGAGCGAGAGCUUAGGAGUAGGGAUCAACUACGGCCAGAUUGCGAACAACCUUCCGUCGCCGUCGCGAGUGGCGUCUCUCCUCCGAUCCGUCAACAUCACCAAAGUAAAGCUCUACGACGCCGAUCCGAUCGUCCUCUCCGCCUUCGCCAACUCCGGCGUCGAAUUCGUGAUCGGAUUAGGCAACGAGUACCUCCAGAAGAUGACCGAUCCAAUCCAGGCCCAAUCCUGGAUCCAGCAGCACGUCCAGCCCUACAUCUCCCAGACCAAAAUCACCUGCAUCACCGUCGGCAACGAAGUCCUCAUGGGCAACGACACCCAGCUCAAAUCCUACCUCCUCCCGGCAAUGCAGACCGUCUCCGCCGCCCUCCGCACCCUCGGCCUCACCAAGGACAUCUACGUCACCACCGCCCACUCCUUCAACAUCCUCGCCAACUCCUUCCCCCCCUCCGCCAGCGCCUUCCGCCCCGAUCUCGCCGAGUAUAUGCAGGGGAUCCUCGCCUUCCACAAGCAGACCAACUCCCCCUUCCUCAUCAAUGUCUACCCCUUCUUCGCUUACAAGGACAGCAACGGCCAGGUCCUCCUCGACUACGCCCUCUUCCAGCCCAAUCCCGGCACCAUCGAUCCAAACACCAAUUUACACUACGACAACAUGCUCUACGCGCAGAUUGACGCUGUUUACGCGGCUAUUAAAGCGCUAGGACAUACCGACAUCCAAGUAAAGGUUUCCGAAACGGGAUGGCCUUCCAAAGGUGAUCCGAAUGAGUUCGGGGCGACGCCGGAGAAUGCGAGAUUGUACAAUGGGAAUCUGCUUAGUAGGAUAGAGCAGAGGCAGGGGACUCCGGCGAAGCCUCAAGUGGCCAUUGAUGUCUUCUUUUUCGCGCUUUUUAAUGAGAAUAUGAAGCCCGGCCCGGUCUCUGAGAGGAACUACGGCUUGUAUUACCCUGAUGGCUCUCCUGUUUACAACAUUGGGCUGCAGGGUAUUGUUCCCCGUAUGGAUUACUCAGCUUCUGCCAAAAAUGUUGGGAUGUUGUCAAGUGGCAUUCUUUCGUUAUUGAUAGUUACUAUAUGUUUGUUGUAGCGGAAGAGGGAGUUUACAGACAACACUUUUUCUUCACCAUUUCCUUUAGAGGGAAAACGUUCCAGGUCAGAACUGUUUCCAAUUCCAUAUUGGUCUGCCAUCUAGUUGAAAAAGUAAAACUAAUUUGAUGAAACCAUUAUGUAGUACAAAAACGUUUUACACAUCCAUCGUCACAUUUCCAAUAUCACUCGUCAAUAUUCAAAGGCGGUAUGCCGCCAACAAGUUGUUUGCUUCAAAGCAAAAACAAAUCCUGCCUUGGCGGCUAUUGAAAUCAUGAUUAAGUCGUUUUCAGUGGUGUUUUGUUUGACAUCAGGAUAUGAUAAGAUAAGAAAUUCUGCCUAAACAUGUAUGUAUGUAUGUAUGACUUUUUAUUGACAAUAUAAAGAAAAAAACGGCGCCUGUUUGAACGCGUCGCUGCCGUCUUUGCUCCUUGAUUGGCUUUGUUUACUACUACUGCUUAAGAUGUGUGAAAGCUGAUAAUUGCUUGAUAGGCUUUCCACAUUAAUCCUUGAAACAGAACUAAGUUACCCUCUUUUUUGUGCAGGUGAUGCUGCUAAAGGAGGCUUAUGCUAUGGAA